GUUAGCUCACGCAGCGAAUUUGUAUCAGUCGUGAUUUGGCUCUGUCAGCGAAAGGAACAACCAUUUGUUGUGCCACACACAACCGCGAAAAAUAUAAUCGAAUCAAAUUUCAACUACCUCAUUUUGCAAAAUCGGUGAACUUUUAGAAAAGGAAAUUUUAGUGAAAUCUCUCUACCUCAAAGUACAAAAGUGCGUAAAAAAAUUGUUCAUAUCCCUGAAAGUGCACAAUUUGCUCAAAUGAAAUCUGUUGUCUAAAAAACUAAAGCUUCAAAACUACUAAGGCGAAUAAUUUAAGUGUUUGCUGAGUGGAGUAGAAAAUUGCGCGAGCACACAAUUAUAAGCACAGGAAAAAUUUAUUGAUGUCCAUAUCAAUGCUUCAAGACGCACAAACGCGAACCUUAGCUGCUGCAUUAGCUGGCAUAAAACAAGAGGACGUCGCUCUGGACCGCUCCAUGUCGCUAUCGCCUCCCAUGUCGGCCAACACAUCAGCCACAACCGCCGCAGCGAUGUACCCAGCUAUGGGUCUCCAACAGGCGGCAGCUGCCUCAGCUUUCGGAAUGCUCUCACCCACCCAACUUCUGGCUGCAAACCGUCAGGCUGCUGCAUUCAUGGCCCAACUGCCCAUGAGCACAUUGGCUAACACGCUCUUUCCACACAAUCCGGCGGCUUUGUUUGGGGCUUGGGCUGCCCAACAGACGCUCCCGACCCAGGGCACGCAUUUACAUUCGCCGCCCGCCAGCCCACACUCGCCGCUGUCUACGCCCCUAGGCAGUGGGAAGCACCCGUUAAGUUCCCCCAACAGCACACCCCAGCACCAUGAGCCAGCGAAGAAGGCUCGAAAAUUGUCGGUUAAGAAGGAGUUCCAGACCGAGAUCAGCAUGAGUGUAAACGAUCUUUACCAUACACCGGGAGGCCCCAUAUCUCCGCCCUCCAGUGGCAGCUCGCCCAACUCAACGCACGACGGAACGGGUGGCAAUGCUGGAGGAGUCGCUGUCUCCAAGGACCCAUCUCGCGACAAAAGCUUCACCUGCAAAAUCUGCUCACGCAGCUUUGGCUAUAAGCACGUGCUCCAGAACCACGAACGCACCCACACCGGGGAGAAGCCUUUCGAAUGCCCGGAGUGCCACAAACGGUUUACUCGUGACCAUCAUUUAAAAACCCACAUGCGUCUGCAUACUGGAGAGAAGCCAUAUCAUUGCUCGCACUGCGAUCGGCAAUUCGUUCAGGUGGCCAAUCUUAGAAGACAUUUGCGAGUACACACUGGCGAGCGUCCCUACACGUGUGAAAUCUGCGAUGGCAAAUUCAGUGACUCCAAUCAGCUAAAGUCACACAUGCUGGUUCACAACGGCGAAAAGCCGUUCGAGUGCGACCGCUGCCACAUGAAGUUCCGACGGCGCCACCAUCUGAUGAAUCAUAAGUGUGGCACUCAGUCGCCGCCUACUCCAGCUCUUUCACCAGCCAUGAGUGGAGAUUACCCCAUGUCAGUCUCCGCAAUGGCUAUCGAGUCAUCCACGAAUAAAUUUGCGGCAAUGUGUGCCAACUAUGGAGUUUCGGAUGAGUCGGUCGACAUGGAAAAACAAACAACGGAAGACGAUGGUCCAUUGGAUUUGUCUGAGGAUGGAGCCAGCUCUGUAGAUGGCCAUUGCAGCAGCAUUGCACGGCGCAAGGCCCAGGACAUUCGCCGAGUGUUUCGCCUACCUCCACCGCAAAUCCCUCACGUACCCAGUGAUAUGCCUGAGCAAACCGAGCCAGAGGAUUUGAGCAUGCAUUCGCCCCGCUCGAUCGGAUCUCAUGAGCAAACCGAUGAUAUAGACUUGUAUGAUUUGGAUGAUGCCGCUGCUCCUUAUAUGGGCCAUACACAACAUUAGGCCAGUACCAUACCUAAUUGUACAUAGCCAUAGUCAGUUUUCAUUAGAUGGAAUUGACUGGCAUUUAUUAAAACAAAAUUGAAAAUUUUGCUAUUUCGAAGUGGGAAGUAAAAAUUGUUGCAACAGGAAUUUAAUGAUAAGUACAAGUAAAAAAAAAUCACAAUACAUACGAGACUAGAAAAAGAUUAGGACAUACACAAAACAAACUCUAAAAUUGUACAAAGUAAGCCCUGCCAUAUGCUUGUUGCCGCCAAACCCCACCAAAUCAAAUCGAAAAUGUCGUGCCAUUCUUUACCUUAAGUUUAAAUUAUAUUCUUAGGUUUCAAAGCAUAUUAAAUUGUACAUAUUCAUCUUACGCUGCUGCCAAUUGUAAAGUAAUCAGCGCUCUAAAAAUGUAUUGUAACAGAAAAUGAAAAGACAAGGUUUAAUUAGGAAAUCUAUAAAUAAUUUUAUUUAAUUUAUAGAUUAAUUUUAUAUAAUUUGAUAAAAAUUCUUUGAGAAAACAAUGCCAAUAAUCUUGAAAUCAAAACUAACUUUAAGUUAAAUAAUAA